GCCGUGCCGAGUAAAUUUUUUGCCUCGCACAUAUACUCGCCAGCAUCGCUAUGUUUGACGUCUGAUAUCUCGAGAACGGCCCUUUCACCAACAUAGGAUCUUUUUAUCCUAGAUGAGCGCUCUAUUCUGCUUCCAUUUCUGCAAAAGGAUGGUUUUACCUGUACCAAGCUGUACUUGGACUUGGAGAGCCACGAAUAUCGCAUUGGAGUUGUAAACGACCAUUCAAUCUUGUAGUCGUUCCUAAAAGACCUCUACUGAAUGUCGGAUACGUCCUAGGGGAUGCACUUCUCGUUCGAAUAGAUUGUGCAAUUAACGAGCUUUUAUCUGUAAAAUAUCAAAACAACGUAUAAUAUAGUAAUAGUAAUAGUAAUAAUAUAUAAAUAAAUUUUAAUAUCAUACUAUCCAUAGUUUUAUUUAUAAGACAUUUUCUAAAGGAUACUUGUAGAAUAUAUAUAUUGAUUAAUCCAACAUUCACCUUGCAAGCAAUGCCAUCGAUCUAUUAGAUAAUGAAUCACCAGAAAAGAAGAAAUUUCAUUAAUAGUGUAGUAAUGCGUUGUCAUCCUACGAUCUUAUGCAUAAAUAUGCACACGAUUCAAAGGUGCAAUGUCUUUACGAAAUCUUCGCGGCGAAUCAGUUUACAUUAAACCUUCGACAUGAGAGAUCCAAUAGUGAAGACCAGGAGUGGUAAGCUCUGUGGUUCGUUCAAGCGGAGCUCAGAGGGUUACGAGUUUUAUUCCUUCAAAGGUAUUCCAUAUGCUAGACCACCAAUUGGAAAUUUGAGAUUCAAGGAUCCUAGAUCCCCUGAACCAUGGUCAGACUUAAGAGAUGCAACAGAUUUUGGCUCAAUCUGCGCUCAGUGCGAUCUCGUCACUCGAACCGUCACUGGUUCUGAUGACUGCCUGUACUUGAAUGUCUAUACUAAAUCCAUUGACAAAUAUGCUCGAAGACCAGUUAUGGUUUGGAUACAUGGAGGAGGAUUUACACAUGGCUGUGGCAAUGACAUGCUAUUCGGGCCUGAUUAUUUGGUCAAACAUGAUAUUGUUCUUGUAACAAUUAACUACAGACUUGGUGUUUUAGGAUUUUUGAAUUUGGAAGAUGAGUAUGCUCCUGGUAAUCAAGGUUUGAAAGAUCAGGUAAUAGCACUCCAAUGGGUACAAUUUAACAUAACAAACUUUGGUGGUGAUCCGGAGAAUGUUACAAUAUUUGGUGAAAGUGCCGGAGGAGCAUCAGUUCAUUAUUUAUCAAUAUCGCCACAAGGAAAAGGACUUUUUCAUAAAGCAAUCUCACAAAGUGGAGUUGCGGUGAAUACUUGGGCAUCGAUGCCUCCAAAUCCCAAAAAGUAUGCUUUCAAAUUGUGCUCUUUAUUGGGCAAAGAUAUCCAAGAUUCACGUAUUGCUCUAAAUUUUUUGCGGAAAGUAAAUUGUUUAACCCUUAUCGAAGCUCAAGAAAAAUUAAGAACUUCAGAGGAUAAAGUGCGAUUUAUUUUCCCUUUCGGACCUGGUGUAGAUAGUAAAGCAGCAAGACCAUUUAUGCCGGUUCCUCCCUCAGUUGCUUCUGAAAAAGGCGUUCAUGUCCCAUACUUGCUUGGAUAUAAUAAUGGAGAAGGAAUUUUCUUUUUACCAGAUUUAAAACAAGAAGGUUAUCAAAAUAUACAUGACGACCUUGAUACGUAUUUGCAUCCACGAGUUUUCGAAACGUUACACAAGAAUAAUUUAAAUUCCAAUGAUUUAAAACGUUUGUACUUUGAAAGUGAAAGUGCCGCUAACGUGAACGAUCAAAAAUUCGCUGAUUUAUGGGGAGAUAUGCAUUUUGUCGAUGGUAUCCAUAGAGUUGUCAAAAUUCAAGUCGAUCGUAGUUCAGCUUCGACCUAUUUAUAUCAGUUUACAUACGAUAGAGGCUUUUCAUUCAUCAAAUCGAAAAUGAAUGUACCAGUCAAAGGCGCUUGUCAUGGUGAAGAAUUAUUCCAUCUUUUUAGUAUAGGAUUAUUGGAAUCACUUGAGCUUAAUCCAUUGGAAAAGGGAUCGACUAAUUACAGAAUAAUGGAGCAACUAACUAAGAUGUGGACUAAUUUUGCAAAGACUGGUAGACCGACGCCGAAUACUUCAAAACUGAUACCUCUACAUUGGUUACCAGUCGUCAACGAUACAGUAUUUCGAUAUUUAAAUAUAAGUGAAGAAUUACGAAUGGAAAGCAUGUUGUGUAUGGAACAACGACUUCCUUUUGGUUACCAUUUAAAAAACAAAUAAAACUGGUAUAAAAAAAUUAACAAUUUAAAUAAUUAUCACGGUAGUUACAAUAUUGUUACUUUAAAUAAUAGCUUAUCAUCGAAUCUUUUGUCUGCUCUUUGAAAAUAAAUUUAAAUCAUUGAUGAGACAAAAAACCUCCGCACACUUUACUAGCAUAUAAAUUGAACACUAUCCAGAAUUUUUUUGAAUAGCUUAUUUCGAUAAUUAAUAUAUAUUGUAAUAUUUUCACUAUUAAUAUUAUUUUUACUUUAUGCGCAUUACGUACGAACCUACUUAGUUAUAGUUCGUUAAGUAAUCCGUUGUUUUAAGUACCAGUACAAUUUAAUAUUUCUUGAUUUAUUAUUUCAAUCAAACAAAUAAUUAUCAUCAAUUUAUAUAUGAUAAAUAUUAAAUAUGUGAUAAGACUAUGAUAUAUAUUCGAAUACAUCAAUAAAAAAUGUAAUCUCAGCUUUUUGCAUGUAAACAAAAAAGAAAUGAGUUACUUCUAUGAAUGUAUUAUAUUU